AUGCAGGAAUUUGCCCUGUGCCACUUCCGGAAGCCCCAGACCCUGCUGGGCCAGACAGGUGAAGAUGCCGAGAGGAAGGCCAUGGCCAGCCUGGUGCAGUACAGCAAGGCUCCCAUCCAGGCCUCCCUCAUCAGCGUCAGUGACGAGGACGUGAACAGGCGGGCUGUGGGAAGCUUCCAGGCUCUGAUGCAGUUUAUGGGGGACCAGUCCAAGCCCCGGGGCAAGAGCGACCUGGAUCUCCUCUACGGGCUGCUGAAGCUGUGCCAGGAGGAGAACCUCAGGGAUGAGAUUUACUGCCAGGCCAUCAAGCAGGUCACAGGACACCCCCGGCCGAGACUCUGCGCUCGGGGGUGGACUUUCCUCAGCCUCCUCACAGGCUACUUUCCCCCGUCAACCUCGCUGAUGCCCUACGUGACCAAGUUUCUGCAGCAUUCGGCCCUGAGCCAAGAGCUGGCCCGGCGCUGCCAGGGGCACCUCCAGCGCACAGUCAAGUACGGGGGGCGCCGGCAGCUGCCCUCCCCAGGCGAAAUGCAGGCUUUCCUGAAAGGACAAGUAGUCCACCUGCUCCUAAUUCACCUGCCCGGGGGUGUGGAGUACAAGACCAACACCCACACUUUCACGGUGGCAGCAGAAGUGCUGGAGGAGAUGUGUGGGCAGAUGGGCAUCACGGAUCCCCAUGAAGUGCAGGAAUUUACCCUCUUCCUCAUCAAAGGGGAAGGCCAGCUGGUGCGGCCCCUGUGGCCCCGGGAGUACCUCAACAGCGAGGUGGUGGGUCUGGACGUGAGCCUGCACAGCCGGCGGCUCGGCUGGGAGACCCCGCUGCACUUCGAUAAUCCCACCUACGUCAGCACCCACUACGGCCAGGUGCUGCGGGACUACCUGCAGGGGAGGCUGCUGGUCAGCGCCCAGGAAGAUGCCCGACUCGCCAGGCUGGCUGCCUUGCAGCACCUCAGCAGGAACCACGAGGAGCCCCCCUCAGAGCAAGACCUACUGGCUUACUUGCCGAAGCGGCUGCAAUGUCAGAUGAACGUGGCCGCUGUGAAGAGCCUGAUGGGCCAGGAGCUGAGGCAGUUGCAAGGAUGCAGCUCUCAGGAAGCGCAGAUCAGCUUCAUAGAGGCCGUGAGUGAGCUGCCCCUCUUUGGCUACACUGUCUACAUGGUGCUGAGAGUGAGCAAGCCGGCCCUGCCCAGCCCUGGCCUGCUGGGGUCGAACCGCCAGCACCUCAUCCUCAUGGACCCCAGCUCUCAGGAACUGUGCUGCUCCAUCGCCCUGAGGGACCUGCAGCGGCUCCGCGUGCUGAGCCCACUGGGGCCUGAGAGCUCCCCUGGCCUGGAACUCAACUAUGGCUCGGCUGACAACCCCCAGACCAUCUGGUUUGAGCUGCCGCAGGCCGAGGAGCUGAAGCACACCAUCACCUUCCUGCUGGACCGCAACUCUCCUUCCACUUAG